GUGACCACUCAAGGAUGAGAGAGAACUAUACUCUAAUCACUGAGUUUAUUUUGCAAGGUUUCUCCAGCUUCCAUGAGCACCAGAUCACCCUUUUUGGGGUUUUCCUUGCACUCUAUGUCCUCACCCUAGCAGGCAAUGUGAUCAUCGUAAGCAUCAUCCGAAUUGAUCAUCACCUUCACACACCCAUGUACUUCUUCCUAAGCAUGCUGUCCACUUCAGAGACUGUGUACACACUGGUCAUUCUCCCAAGGAUGCUUUCCAGCCUUGUAGGCAUGAGCCAGUCCAUAUCACUGGCAGGUUGUGCCACACAGAUGUUUUUUUUUGUAACCUUUGGCAUUACCAACUGCUUCCUGCUCACAGCAAUGGGAUAUGACCGCUAUGUGGCCAUCUGCAACCCUCUGAGAUACACAGUUAUUAUGAAUAAGAGGGUAUGUGCCCAGCUGGUUUUGGGGGCCUGCAGCAUUGGCUUGAUUGUAGCAAUAACACAGGUGACAUCUGUGUUCAGAUUACCAAUGCACAGAAAGAACCUCACGGAGGUGACAGAGUUUGUUUUCCUGGGAUUCUCCAGAUUCCGUGAACACCAGAUCACCCUCUUUGUGGUUUUUCUAAUCCUGUACACAUUAACCCUGGCUGGUAACAUCAUCAUUGUGACCAUCAUCCGCAUCGACCAUCACCUCCACACCCCCAUGUACUUCUUCCUGAGCACACUGGCCAGCUCAGAGACGGUGUACACCCUAGUCAUCAUUCCACGGAUGCUCUCCAGCCUCAUAGCCCAGAACCAGCCCAUCUCCCUGGCAGGUUGUACCAUCCAAAUGUUCUUCUUUGUUACCUUGGCCAUCAACAACUGCUUCCUGCUCACAGCAAUGGGGUAUGACCGCUACGUGGCCAUCUGCAACCCCCUGAGAUACACGGUCAUAAUGAGCAAUAGAGUGUGUGUUCAGCUGAUGUGUGGAGCUUUUGGUAUUGGCCUGGCCAUGGCAACUGUCCAAGUGGCAUCCAUAUUUACCUUACCCUUUUGUAACAGGGUAGUUGGUCAUUUCUUCUGUGACAUCCUCCCUGUCAUGAAACUAUCCUGUAUUGAUACCACUAUCAAUGAGGUAAUCAAUUUUGUUGUCAGUUUAUUUGUAAUCCUGGUCCCCAUGGGUCUGGUCUUCAUCUCCUAUGUCCUCAUCAUCUCUACCAUCCUCAAGAUUGCCUCAGCUGAGGGCCAGAAGAAGACCUUUGCCACCUGUGCCUCCCACCUCACUGUGGUCAUUAUCCACUAUGGCUGUGCCUCCAUUGCCUACCUGAAGCCCAAUUCAGAAAAUUCUGUAGAACAAGACCUCCUUCUCUCAGUGAUCUACACCAUCAUCACUCCCCUGCUAAAUCCUGUUGUUUACAGUCUGAGGAAUAAGGAGGUCAAGGAUGCCCUGCGCAGAGCAGUGGGCAAAAACACUUCUUAA